UAUGUUUUUUGAAAUAAUGCCUAAAGCAAGGGUUGCGGCUGAAUUUAAGAAACUGGCCGAUCAAGUUCGAAGCGUCCAUAACGACUUGAAUGUAAACAACGCAAAGUAUCGGGGUUCCGGAUUCAAGUGUCCGCAAAUAUUCGAAUGGGCACGAUUGAGCUCGAUUGAUUAUCGUUACCAGGCGAUCGAGUGUUUAAUUUACUACAAAUUGGCACAGAAAUUCUAUCAGAAUGACGACGGGCAGGACGUACCAGUCAUCUAUCGUACUCAAUUAGCGUCUAGUCUAAAAGCGUUUCAAUCAAAAGUUUGGCUCCCGUAUGACUCUGAUACUACAAGUAUGACACCGUCUUCCUGCAAACGGGACCCAGAUGCUAUUUGCUCCCGGUCAAGAAACUCUUUUAGACCAUCUACAAAACCCCGUUUUAGUUAUAGACCUUCAACUACUUCAGCGACAUCAAGACCCUUGAGGGAAAGAUCGACCGCCUUGCCUUCUCCGCUGACGACAUCUGGGGCGGUCGAUGCCGAUGAUAGCCUGAGUAGCUGUUCUGAAGAGGAUAUUGUUGGUGAAUUCGAUAAAUUGACGCCAGAGGCCAUGUUCGAAUUGGUGGACUGUAUUCAACCCCAAUCCUACUACAGUCAACGGGCUCAAUCCUCUUGUAAACGCUUCACUGAUAAUCGAGCGGAACAAGACGAAAGUCAUUCAGAAGUAGAUGUCAAACCUACAGCAAUGGAAAAAGUCGUCCGGGUAAAGAGACGAGAUUUCUCAAAAUACUCUCUUGAUAGUCAUGCAACUAGGGCGGAAAAAAAGAAAGAAUUGUACAAGUUUCCAGAUCCUCUAAGUGAAGGGGCUUGCUCUAUCGAUUUAAGUCGUUUAGCGUCACUUCCGGUGAACGAAAUACCAUGGUCAAAGUUGAAUAUUCGCCCGGUGGAUGAAGUUGAAGAAAAGUUGAUGAAUAGGUUAUUAGCACUACAGAAACUAACUAUAAAAACAACACAAAUUGAGAAUGCCCGGAGGGAAAGAGCGCGUGCAUCUCGUCAAAGAGCCGUCACUUCUCAAUUAACCAAACUCAGAUUAGGCAUUUCCCCCGCUGUUAGGCCUACUUCAAGCGGUAAGAAGUGCUGCGAUCAAUGUUUGCAGCCUGCUUGCGUCGGCGAUUGCAGAACGUGCGCAACGCCGUCUCCCAUAGAACAAACAAAUAACACGUACAAAUCUCGACCGAAAUCUUGCACAUCGCUAAGAAGUGAAAACUCAGCAAAAAGCUGGAAUCAAAGACCUAAGUCAUCAUUAGGCAGAGUUCAAUCUAAACAGACACCAGUUAUAUCACUAUCCAUAGACGUUCGUGCGGAUAAACGACCCAUAUCAGCUGCUAUGCCUAAACGGAAGCGUGCCAGAGGAAGAGCCGCUUUCGUUGUUGGUGGUCGGCAUUUUCAUUCUCAGAGACAUCAUUCCAUAUCCGAUUCAGGUUCGAAGGUUUUGAAUAGACCGGCUACUGCCACUUUAUGA